AUGUUUAAAGCCUUAUUCUGGAAUGCUCGGGGAGCUGGCAGUGAGAACUUUAAAACCGCAGUUAGAGAUCUGAUUAAAUUGCAUUGUGUUGAUAUUUUGGCCAUUUGUGAGCCAAGAGUUCAGUUUUCUAGAGUUAAUAAAGCUUUCAAGGAUAUGGGUUUGUCUGAUAAUAUUAUAGUUGAAGCUAGAGGGUUCUCUGGUGGUCUUUGGCUUCUUUGGGAUAGAAACAAGGUUCAGAUUGAUUACAUUGAUGAUAACUCUCAAUCCAUUUCUGUGAAAAUUUCUAUUCCUGGUAAACAGCCUUGGCUCUUCAUUGUUAUUUAUGCUAGUCCUACUCAUAGUGUUAGAGCUGGUUUAUGGAGCUACCUUGAUCAAUUAGUUGCCUCUGUCAAUCUCCCUUGCACUCUUAUGGGAGAUUUUAAUGAGCUGGUCUCUGCUGAUGACAAGAAUUUUGGUCAUCUCUCUGGUCGAUUUGUUGGCCUUAGAGAUUGGGUGAAUAGAAAUGGUAUGAUUGAUAUGGGUUUCCAGGGCUCAAAAUACACUUGGAGUAACAACAGGAUCAAGGAAAGAUUGGAUAGAGGUUUUUGUUGCCCUGCUUGGAGAAUUUUGUUUGCUGAAGCUUUCAUCAAACAUUUGCCAAAAACUAGAUCUGAUCAUUGUCCCAUUCUCCUUCAGCUUUACUCUAAUAAUCUUGUGAAUAAAAAUGAUGUUCCUUUCAGAUUUCAAGUUAUGUGGAUGAACCACAAUAUGUAUGCUGAUUUUGUUUCUAGUUCAUGGAAUUCUUCUUCUGGAGAUCUGUCUAGAAAAAUCUCUUACCUUUCUGCUGCUCUUUCUAAAUGGAACAAAGAUGUUUUUGGGCACCUUUUCCACAGGAAAAGGCAUAUCCUUGCCAGGCUUGGGGGGAUUCAAAAGGCCUGUGAUAGGUUUGAGAACCAUUUCCUCCUUAAACUUGAAGCUGAGUUGAUCAAAGAGUAUGAAGGCAUCUGUGAGCAGGAAAAUCUUUAUUGGAGACAAAAUCUAGAGAUAAGUGGUUACAAGAAGAAGAUUACUGUUGACUUUUUCAUUAAUCUAUUCUCUGGUCAUUCUACUGAGGACUCAAGAUUUCUGAUUGAUAGGUUGUUCCCUGCUAUUGAUCAACAACACAUGGCAGCUCUCUCUCAUCCCAUCACUCUUCCUGAAGUUAAGCAAGCCCUCUUCUCCAUUGGUGCUCUCAAAGCCCCUGGUCAUGAUGAUGCUUUCAAGAAUUGUUCCAUUCCUCAAGGCUUAAAUCACACUAUCAUUACCUUAGUUCCGAAAGUGGAGGGACCUCAGCAUAUGGUAAAUUUUAGACCUAUCAGUCUCUGCACUACUAUUUACAAGGUCAUUUCUAAAAUUAUUGUUGCUAGAAUUAGACCUUUGAUGAUGAAUUUAAUCAGCCCUAACCAAGUUAGUUACGUGCCUGGUAGAAAUAUCUCUGAUAAUAUCAUGGUUGCUCAAGAAAUUCUUUUUAAGUUCAAGAAAUCUUCUGGCAAGCAGGGUUUCUUUGCUUGGAAAGUUGACUUAUCCAAAGCUUAUGAUAGGUUGAGUUGGAAUUUUAUUGAGAUGGUGCUUUAUGAUGCUAAAUUUCCUCAUUCUCUGGUCAAAUUAAUUAUGCAUUGCAUAAGCUCUGUCUCCUUUCAGAUUAGUCUCAAUGGUGAAUUGUCCGAGUCUUUUCAAGGUCAAAGAGGCAUUAGACAAGGUGAUCCCUUGUCUCCUUACAUAUUUGUGCUUUGCAUGGAAAAACUUUCUCAUUUGAUCAAUACCUUGGUUGAUGAUGGUUUGUGGAAACCUGUUAGAGCUUCUCAGUCUGGUCCUAAAAUUUCUCACUUGUUUUUUGCUGAUGACCUCAUUUUUUUUGCCGAAGCAUCUAUAUCUCAAGCUAAUGCUCUUAAAAAAUGCCUUGAUAUCUUCUGCGCAUUAUCUGGUCAAGCUGUCAGUUAUGAGAAGUCUCUCAUUUACUGCUCCCCCAAUACUUGCUCUUCUACUGCUACAUGUGUCAGUAGAAUAUGUGGCUCCCCGUUAACUAAUGAUUUGGGAAAGUAUCUUGGCAUGCCUUUGAUUCAUGAAAGAGUUAAUCAUCACACUUAUGCAGGUAUUUAUGAUAAAUUUCAGAGCAGACUAUCAAGCUGGAAAAGUAAAACUUUGAGUAUGGCUGGUAGACUUGUUCUCAUUCAAUCUGUCUCUUCUGCUAUCCCUAAUUAUGCCAUGCAAACAGCUAGAUUUCCUGUUAGUUUGUGUGAUAAAUUGGACAAACUAAAUAGAGACUUUCUUUGGGGUGAUACUGAAGAUAAGAAAAAGAUUCAUUUGGUUAAUUGGGAGACUGUGUGUAAGCCUAAAAUUCUUGGUGGUUUGGGAAUUAAGAGAACUUAUGAUAUGAAUCAGGCAAUGCUUGCUAAAGCUAGUUGGAGAAUCUGGCAAAAUGAUCCUGGGAUUUGGAAUACCAUCUUUAAAGAGAAGUAUCUUAAGCAUUACUCUAUUGUAGAUAACAAUUACCAGCCCCCUUCAGAUUGUUCUAGCACUUGGAGAGGAGUUGUUCAUGGUGCUCAGAUGCUUAGGCAAGGCCUGAAAUGGCGAGUUGGGGAUGGUAAAACAAUUAAGUUUAGGUAUGAUCCCUGGCUUACUCCUAAUGCUUUAAUUUCUCAUGUCAUUCCUAAUGCUCAUGUUGAUCAUAAUGCCACUGUUUGUGAUUUUUGGGAUGAUUUGGGUUGGAACAUUGAUCUUCUCUCUACUGCGCUUCCUGAUGACAUUGUUAAUCUUGUGAUCAAUACUCCUACUGGUUUUGAGGGGUGUGGGGAUGAUGUUAAGAUAUGGUCUGCUACUUCUAAUGGUAUUUUCUCCGUUAAAUCUGCUUACAACUCUAUUUUUAAUUUUGAUGAGCCUGCUGCCCCUCACUGGAAGGCUUUAUGGAGUUUUGAUAUUCCCCCUAAACAAAAAACUUUUCUUUGGGUGAUUUUACACAAGAAGUUGUUGACUAAUGAGCAAAGAGUUAGACGUGGUCUUGCUAACUCUUCCACUUGUACCAUUUGCAAUUCUGAUAGUGAAUCUUUAUUACAUCUUUUUAGAGAUUGUUCAAGAGUAACGUGGAGGAAUAAGGCGAUUUUUGAUCCUAGCUUCAGUUUUCCUUUCAACCCUGGGAAAAUCAUUACUGAUGCUGCUGUUGAAUGGAAGACUUCUACUCUUAAAGCUAAACUUUAUCCUGCUUGUGAUGUUCACAUGUUCUCUUGGAUCAGACCCCCUGAGCAGUUCCUUAAACUUAAUGUGGAUGGUACUAGAAGUGGUCAGUCUGGUAAGAUAGGUGCUGGUGGUGUCAUUAGGGAUCAUAAUGGGAAUUGGGUGUCUGGUUUUCAAAUCAAUCUGGGGGUUGGUGCCAUUAUUGAGGCUGAAGCUUGGAGUUUAUACUAUGGUUUGAAGUUGGCUCAUAAUCUUCACAUCUCUAAGCUUGAGAUUGAAUCAGAUUCUGCCAUUCUAAUUAACUUGCUCAAGAGACCUGAUCUAUCUCUCCAUCCCCUUGGUUCUCUCAUUGCUGGAUGUCAUCACUUCAUUUCUUCCAUGGAUGAAACUAGGAUCAACCACAUCUUCAGGGAGAGUAACAUGACAGCUGAUUCUCUUGCUAAAUGUAGCAUUGAUCAUGCUCCUAGCUUAUUGAUUUUUGAAGACCCUCCUGUUCAUGCCAUUUCUACUUUUAUGGAUGAUUUAGCUAAUGUCUCUAGACCUAGAAAAACUGGGAUUGUUCUUUAG